AUGUUUGAUAAGGCCAUUGGCAUCAUCAACGGGAAGAUUUACGUAAUUGGAGAUUGUUGGGGUGAUGACAAAGUUAGUGGGAAUAUGUUGUGGAAGAGAGUCAUGGUGUUUGAUACAGAAAUUCAAAUGUGGGAGCAAAGCCAGACAUGGAGUGUAUUGUACUUUUACGAUGUUCACAAGAACAAGUUGAGAGCGUAUGAUCCAAAGCAGAGGUGUUGGAUUGAUGUGACAGGUUUGGAAGAAUUGUUGCCUAAGACGGCCUGCACGGACACAGUUAGUUAUGGUGGGAAAUUGGCUCUUUUCUUUCGUAACAAUGGUGACGCACAGAAGAUUUGGUGUGCAGAGAUUGCUUUGGAAAGAUGCCAAGGAGGAGAGAUUUUGGGUAAGGUGCAGUGGUGUGAUGUUGUAACUGAUGAUGGGAAUUUUCACAUGGUAAAAUGUUUAACUGUUACGGUUUGA